ACUGUGGGUACUCUGACUACGGACUACGAAUUCGUCGCCGCCGCUUGAUAGUCUUGCGUGUGCCGUGUGUGUGUGUGCACGUACGCUGUGUGUUCGCCGUUCUUCCAAAGUACGCAGUCUCCGCGUUCGCACGGCUCUAUCGUGCCAUCCAGAGAUUUUUGACGAAGCACACCCAUAUAUAUAUACACACGAGCGCAAGCCUGUCCGGACGAACCAUCGUGCAGACGCCAAGCGAAUAUACCAGCGUAAGACAUCGGCGGAAAGAAACGCGCGCGCGCGAGUUCACCCCCGGUCGAUCUUGCCCGUUUUACGCCCUCGGCGUGGGGCGGCGCUUUCUGAAGCGCACCACUACCAACGCCACCACCGACACAGCACCAGACCAUGUGGAUCGCCCGUUGCCCGGAGAUGCACCAUCGUCGACGUCGCCGUUGACCGUCGUCUUCCGAGAGACGCGAUGUCCAUCCAAUAAGCGCACUGCUGCAGAAAGGAGCACCGCGUACUGCACAUUCCGCAUAAUAUAUUAUAUAAUAUUCGUAUACAUAUCUAGUGGCCUCCGAUCAAGAUGUAGGCGAAAAACUCGAGACGACCAAGACGUUACUGCAGUCGCGUCUACAAUUAGGGUUGCCGAUCGACGAACUAAACAUAAAAGCUUAAAUAAAGAAAAACAGAUAGAGAAAGUGAGACGGUUAGAAACGAGGAGGUUGGAGAGCGGACCCACGAUGAAGUCGUCGUCGAGGACGUCAGCCCUGCUGACGGUCGCGAUGGCCGCUGUAGCCUUGGCCGCCGUUUGUCGAACUCCGAGCGCCGGUUGUAGCGACGGCGGCGCUACGCUGUCGCCACACAUGCAUCACAACAUAGCGAUACUGCCCAGCGAUGUUUAUCCGGGAUACGGUAUCAAGCAGUUCGCCAGCGAUAACAAGUACGCGUACUUCCGGCUGCUGGAGACCGGAUUCUCACAGUUCUUCGCCGUGCUCAAGGACGGGCUGUUGAUGACCACAACCGACUUGGGGCUGCUGGUCAAGCGGCCCGUCAACUUGGUGGUGCUGGAGGAGUCACCAAAUGCCACGUUCACGCACAACAUGCAGCUGUUCGUGCUAGAGAAGCGUGAGAUGUUGCGGUUCGCCGGUGAUGCGGCUUACCCAGACGGAAAAGUAUCGGAAAACAAGCCGGCGGGGACGAGGGUCCGAGGCGUACCGGUGUUGCACGCUUUCGGCGAAGGCGUGGCCGGGCUGCCCAUACGGUAUGCGAUCGUGGACGGCAACGAUGAUGGGGCUUUCGCGCUCAAGACGGCCGAGAACAUCAUCGCAGGUAAUAUUACCAAUAAGUCGUACUAUCGAGGCGUGCACUUGGUCACCAAGCGGCCGCUUGACAGGGAACAGCGCUCUUCGUACGACCUGAUCGUGCAGGCGGCCGAUGGCAGCGGAAUCGAUAAAGCGUACGCUACUGUGCAUGUGGACGUGUUGGACGAAAACGACAACAGUCCCGUGUUCGAACAGGCCCUGUACAAGAUCAACGUGGAUGGAUUCGCGUUGGGCAUAGACAACGGGACGGUAGGCCCGGGCCGGUACUCGGCUGUGGGCCGUGUGUCUGCUUCGGACGCCGAUGGUGACAGAGUUGCUUACCGACUGUCCGCGCCCAGCGCAGCCGUCGUUGUCGUCCCGCAAACGGGCGAGCUACUCGUGUCCGACGACGUACUCCGGUCCCGCGAGUACUUCGAGUGCCAGCUGACGGUGGACGCUCACGAUCUGCGCGAACCGUCCCGCGUCGCCGAACGGCCUGCGACCGUCUGGAUACAAUACAACUUUGUCGUGCUCGAUGACGACGUGCUCAUGCAGGACUUUGGUGCUUAUGACGAUGGAGCCGAUCACCGCGUGUACAAGCGCCGGGUGACACGGGCCGUGCGACCUACGAAACGGAUAGAGUUUACCGAGACGGAUGGCGAACAGGAGGGCCGGAGCGUGUUUCCACUGGAGAAGGAAACUGAGAAGGAAACGUUCAAGAUCCGGGACGAGAAUCCGUGGGUGACAGUCGAGCCGAAUGGCGCCGUCCGUGUAAAGAAGAAGUGGGACUACGAGGAGUUGGGCCCCGAGAAGACUAUCGACUUUUGGGUGACCAUCACAAAUGCAGGCGUCGGAGGAGUGAAAUAUACGGACAAUCAAAGAGUUAUAAUACAUGUAAAAGAUGUCAAUGACGAGCCUCCGUACUUCAUCAACCGGCCGCUGCCGAUGCAAGCCGUGGUGCAGUUAAACGCGCCACCAAAUACUCCAAUAUUCACUCUUCAGGCACGCGAUCCAGACACUGAUCACAGUAUACAUUACUUCAUUGUCAGAGACAGAACCGGUGGCAGGUUCGAGGUGGACGAGCGUUCAGGUGUCGUCCGAACCCGAGGAACCGACCCGUUUCAAUUAGACAUGGAAUACGUUUUAUACGUGAAGGCUGAAGAUCAGAACGGUAGGAUGGACGAACGACGUUUUCAGUCGACACCCGAAGAACGUUUAUCGAUCGUUGGGGGCAAGAGGGCUCCGCAGUUUUACAUGCAGUCAUACGAAGCAGAAAUACCGGAAAACCAACGAAAAGACUCCGACAUCAUAUCAGUAAAAGCUAAAUCGUUCGCUGAUCGAGAGAUACGUUACACGCUCAAAGCCCAAGGCCAAGGUGCCGGGACGUUUAAUAUUGGACCAACAUCUGGUAUCGUAAAACUGGCUAAAGAAUUGGAUUUCGAAGAUUUGAGACAACCGCAUGUGUACUCAUUGAUCGUCACUGCAACCGAAGAUUCCGGUGGAUUUUCAACUUCCGUUGAGCUCACCAUUCGCGUGACGGACGUCAACGAUAACGCACCCAAGUUUGAGCUGCCCGAUUACCAGGCACACAACGUGGACGAAGAUAUCCCGCUCGGUACUUCCAUACUAAAAGUGAAAGCGAUGGACGCAGACUCCGGCGAAAACGCAGAAAUCGAAUAUCACGUGAGUGACGAUCAUUUUGCAGUCGAUGCUUCAGGAAUCGUCAACAACAAUAAGCAACUGGACGCAGACAACAAUAACGCGUAUUACGAAUUUGUCUUAACCGCAAAAGACAAAGGGGAACCUCCAAAGACAGGAACAGCCACCAUACGGAUUUACACGAAAAACAAAAACGACGAAGAACCAAAGUUUUCGCAGCAGGUGUAUACGCCGAACGUUGACGAAAAUGCCGGUCCCAAUACACUUGUUACCACGGUGGUAGCUUCCGACAAGGACGGUGACAAUGUUAGAUUUGGAUUCGUAGGUAGCGGCACAUCGUCCGGUCAGUUUGUCAUCGAAGAAAUUACCGGCGUUAUUCGGCUACACUCGAAAUCAAUAUCGCUCGAGAGGGACAAAUAUGAGCUUAACGUGACUGCCGUUGACGACGGAGCAUGUUGCGUGAACGGCGCAGCGACCAUACACACCAGCACUGCGGUCGUUGUUGUUUUCAUCACCGACGUUAAUGACAAUAAGCCAGUGUUCAGGGAAUGCGCCAAGUACAACCCCAAAGUCGAAGAGGGAGCGCCGAAUGGCAGUCCGGUGCUCAAGGUGCACGCGACUGACGAAGACAAAGGCGUCAACGGACAAGUCAAAUACUCAAUUGUCCAACAACCGAAUCAAAAAGGCACAAAGUUCACCGUCGAUGAAGAAACAGGAGAAGUUUCUACCAAUAAGGUAUUUGAUCGAGAAGGCGACGAUGGCAAAUUCGUAUCCGUUACAAUUAAAGCUACCGACCAGGGAGAUCCGUCGCUGGAAGGCGUUUGCUCUUUCACAGUCGAGAUCACCGACGUUAACGACAAUCCACCACUGUUUGACCGUCAAAAAUACGUGGAGAACGUAAAACAAGAUGCCAGCAUCGGUACAAACAUCCUAAGAGUAUCUGCUUCGGAUGAGGACGCCGACAAUAACGGUGCGAUCGUUUAUUCACUUACUGCCCCGUACCCGGGCGAUGAUUUGGACUACUUUGAGAUUCAACCCGAAUCUGGGUGGAUCGUUUUAAAGAAACCACUCGACCAAGAAAAGUAUCGUCUACGCGUGAGAGCUUCGGAUAGUGGUGAUCCACCGUCGUACGCUGAGGUCGAUAUUGAAUUAGACGUCGUUGAUCGGAACAAUAAACCUCCUCUGUGGGAACGGAGCGUGUACGGUCCUACACACAUCAAAGAGAAUGUCACAAUCAGUACCAUUGUGAUCUCAGUCAAAGCCAGCUCGGGCAUCGAGGGAAAUCCGACCGUGUUCUAUAGGCUAAUGCCAGGAUCCACAGCGCAGACGAACAAGUUCCACACAUUUUAUUUGCAACAGAGACAGGACAAUGGUUUCACUUGGGCUGACAUCAAAGUCAACCAUCCACUGGACUAUGAAACGAUCAAGGAAUAUAAUCUGACCAUUCGUGUAGAGAACAACGGAGCUCAACAACUUGCAUCUGAAGCGACAGUGUACAUUAUGUUGGAAGACGUGAACGACGAAAUACCGUUGUUCACCGAACGAGAACAAGAGACCGUACUGGAAGGUGAGCCGAUCGGUACCAAAGUCACUCAAGUCAAUGCGAUCGACAAAGACGGCACGUUUCCAAACAACCGGGUAUAUUACUUUGUGGUCGAUUCGCCGAGGAACGAAGGAAAAGAUUAUUUUGAAAUUAACUCGGAAACCGGCGAGGUGUUCACGAAAAUAGUUUUUGACAGAGAAAAGCAAGGCGCUUAUGCCCUAGAAGUCGAGGCCCGAGACGGAGCGCCAUCCGCCAGGCCUAAUAACGGUGAAGCUCCGAACUCAGUAUCCAAGUUCAUACGAAUCGGUAUUGCUGAUAAGAACGACAAUCCACCGUACUUUGACAAAGCCCUAUAUGAGGCUGAGGUUGAUGAAAAUGAAGACAUACAGCAUACAGUACUCACCGUGACGGCGAAAGACCACGAUGAAUCGUCCAGAAUACGUUACGAGAUAACAGGAGGAAAUCUUGGUGGGGCGUUUGCAGUAAAAAACAUGACAGGUGCCAUUUAUGUUGCCGGUCCAUUGGACUACGAGACGAGGAAAAGGUACGAAUUACAUCUAUCCGCUUCGGACAACUUGAAAGAAAACCACACGAUAGUCGUGAUCCACGUGAAAGACGUUAACGAUAAUCCACCGGUGUUUGAACGGCCCACGUACAGGACACAGAUCACGGAAGAGGACGACCGGAACUUGCCUAAACGCGUCUUACAGGUAACGGCCACUGACGGUGACAAAGAUCGCCCGCAAAACAUCGUUUAUUUCCUUACGGGACAAGGCAUUGAUCCUGACAACCCAGCCAACAGUAAAUUUGACAUCAAUCGUACAUCGGGAGAAAUAUUCGUUCUAAAGCCUUUAGACAGAGAUCAGCCAAACGGUAGACCACAGUGGAGAUUUACCGUGUUUGCGCAGGACGAAGGAGGCGAAGGCUUAGUCGGAUAUGCUGAUGUCCAGGUGAACUUAAAAGACAUCAACGAUAACGCACCAGUAUUCCCGCAAGGAGUGUAUUGGGGAAAUGUAACCGAAAAUGGAACAGCUGGAAUGGUGGUUAUGACUAUGACGGCGGUGGAUUAUGACGAUCCAGCCGAAGGCACUAACGCUAAAUUAAUAUAUUCGAUCGAGAAAAACGUGAUUGAAGAAGAAACUGGCACUCCGAUAUUCGAAAUCGAAUCCGAUACGGGUGUCAUCAAGACAGCUGUGUGCUGUUUGGAUCGAGAACGCACUCCAGACUAUUCUAUACAAGUGGUUGCCAUGGACGGAGGAGGCCUAAAAGGUACGGGUACUGCUUCCAUUCGCGUGAAGGACAUCAACGAUAUGCCACCGCAGUUCACGAAAGAAGAAUGGCUCACGGAAGUCGACGAGACCGACGGAUUUAAUUUCCCGGAAACUCCUAUAUUGACCGUCACGGUACACGAUGAAGACGAGACCAACAAGUUCCAAUACAAAGUGAUCGAAAACAGUGGUUAUGGAGCAGAUAAGUUCACAAUGGUACGAAACAACGACGGCACCGGUUCGCUGAAAAUCGUUCAACCGUUGGAUUACGAGGACCAACUGCAAAGUAACGGAUUCCGUUUUAGAAUCCAAGUCAAUGACAAGGGUGAAGACAACGAUCACGACAAAUAUCACGUCGCAUACUCGUGGGUUGUCGUCAAACUGCGUGAUAUCAAUGACAACAAACCACAGUUCGAACGACCCAACAUCGAAGUGUCGGUGUACGAAAAUGUAGAAGUCGGCAAGAGUUUGGAAACGUUCAAAGCCACUGACCCAGACCAAGGAGGUAAGAGCAAAGUGUCGUACGCCAUCGACCGUGUAUCCGACCGCCGCCGUCAGUUCCGCAUUAGUCAAGAAGGGACAGUUUCCAUUCAACGUCAGCUGGACAGAGAAGAAACUCCUAGGCAUCAAGUGAAAAUCUUGGCCAUCGACGACGGCGUUCCCCCGAAAACGGCGACAGCCACCCUCACGGUUAUUGUCCAGGAUAUCAAUGACAAUGCCCCAAAGCUUCUCCGUGAUUACCGACCGGUGUUGCCAGAACACGUACCAGCCAGAAAAGUUGUUGAAGUCUUGGCUACCGACGACGACGACCGUUCGAAAAGCAACGGACCCCCAUUUACGUUCAGAAUGGAUCCAAAUGCAGACGAUGUGAUCAGAGCUUCGUUCAAAGUUGAACACGAUCAAAAGGGUGCCAACGGUGACGGUAUGGCUGUAAUCUCGUCGCUCAGGUCAUUCGACCGAGAACAACAGAAAGAAUAUCUCAUACCGAUCGUAAUCAAAGACUCCGGUAAUCCCGCAAUGACGGGCACCAGUACUCUGACAGUCAUCAUUCGAGACGUGAACGAUAACAAAAUGCAACCGGGAUCCAAAGAAAUAUUUGCUUAUAAUUAUAUGGGCCAAGCUCCGGACACAGAAAUCGGUCGCGUGUAUGUGUAUGAUUUGGAUGACUGGGAUUUGCCGGACAAAAAAUUCUACCCAGAUGGCACCGAACAUCCCCGAUUUAAGCUAAACGAUACCACAGGAAUGAUUAUGAUGCGCCACGGUACUAGAGAGGGCCAAUAUAAUUUGCGGUUCAAGGUGUAUGACCGCAAGCACACGCAAACGGACAUUUCUGCUAACGUCACGGUUACGGUUAAGGAAAUUUCGCCCGAGGCGGUUAUGAACGCAGGGUCUAUACGUAUCGCUGGCAUAUCCGACGAAGAUUUCAUCAGAAUAUGGAAUUACAGAACGCAGAGCUUAGUCAGGAGCAAAGCCGAUAAAUUCAAGGAUAAACUUGUAGACAUUUUAAACACGCCCAGGGAAAAUAUCGACAUUUUUAGUGUUCAAUUGAAACAAAAGUACCCUCCCUUGACCGACAUCAGGUUCUCUGCUCACGGAUCGCCUUACUAUAAAACAGUGAAACUCAACGGUCUUGUAUUGAUGCACCGCGAAGAGAUUGAAAAGGAUGUGGGAAUAAACAUAACCAUGGUCGGCAUUGACGAGUGUCUAUACGAGUACGUAAAUUGCGAAGGUAGUUGCACAAACGUAUUCGAGAUAAACACGCUGCCAUACAUGGUGAACGCCAACAAGACGGCAUUGGUCGGUGUCCGAAUCGACACUUACGCUGAAUGCACUUGUGGAGCUCGAAACUUCACGAAAAUCGAGACGUGUAGAUCGAGCCCAUGUCUGAACGGUGGACGGUGCACGGAUACCAGAAAUGGACCGACGUGCGAAUGCUUGAAUGGCUUUAACGGACCCAGGUGCCAGCAGACGGCCAGGAGCUUCAAGGGUAGCGGAUGGGCUUGGUAUCCACCCUUGGAAAUGUGUGACAACUCUCAUUUGAGCCUCGAGUUCGUAACAAGAAAAGCUGACGGACUAAUGCUAUACAACGGUCCUAUCGUGCCACCCGAACCUGAAGAAACUCUUGUAUCAGAUUUUAUAUCAAUCGAAUUGGACAGAGGUCAACCACGUUUGCUCAUCGACUUUGGGUCCGGUACAUUAGAGCUUAAGGUCAAAACAAAAAAGAGUUUGGACGACGGCGAGUGGCAUAAAAUUGACGUAUUCUGGGACACAGAGAAUAUCCGUUUGGUGGUGGACAACUGCCGUUCAGCAGACAUAUCUGAACUUGAAGAUGGUUCACAUCCAGAGUUUGACGAUGCCUCGUGUCAGGCCCAGGGCACAAUACCACCGUUCAACGAGUAUUUAAAUAUCAAUUCGCCACUACAAAUCGGUGGCCGUUACGUACAGGAUUUCGACCCCACUCAUUAUCACUGGCAAUCUGCUCCAUAUGGAAAGGGGUUCGAUGGCUGCAUCAAAAACGUCUAUCACAACAGCAAACUCUAUGAUCUGGCCAACCCAGGACUCACCAGGAACAGCGUUGCUGGAUGUCCUCAAACCGAAGAUCUGUGUAUGCAAUUGGUUGGCCACAGAUGUUCUGAACACGGAUCGUGCGUGGGUAGUAUGGUGGAACCGCGGUGCGAAUGCAACCCCGGGUGGUCGGGCGCCGACUGCCUCACUCCUACCAUACCAACCACGUUCCGGCCUCAGAGUUACGUGAAGUACGCUCUAUCGUUCGACGCUGACAAAUUCAUGACAAAAAUCCAGUUGCGGUUCAGGACGCGUGAAGAGCACGGAGAGUUGUUCAGAGUGAGCGACCAACACAACCGCGAAUACGCCAUUCUCGAGAUUAAAGACAGCAAACUACAUUUCCGGUACAACUUAAACAGCUUACGAACCGAGGAAAAGGAUGUGUGGUUAAGCGCCGUAACCGUUGAUGACGGCAAAUGGCACACAGCCAAAGUCUCAAGAUACGGUUCAUCGGCCAUUUUAGAACUAGACGGUGGUGAAGGAAAACAUUAUAACGAAACUUAUCGUUUUGAAGGGCAUCAAUGGUUAAUGGUAGACAAGCAAGAAGGAGUGUACGCUGGUGGAAAGGCUGAGUACACUGGCGUUCGAACAUUUGAAGUAUACGGUGACUUCCAAAAAGGUUGUUUGGAUGACAUACGUUUGGAGGGAAGAUACUUGCCGCUGCCACCCGCGACCAAUGGAACACAGUGGGGUCAAGCUACCAUGGCUAGAAACGUUGAAAGGAAUUGUCCAUCAAACAAACCGUGUGCCAACGUCAUUUGCCAGGAACCUUUCGAAUGCGUUGACCUUUGGAACUAUUAUGAUUGCACUUGCGGUGAGGGCAGGAUCAUGACUCCAGACCGCAAAGGCUGCGUGGAUAAAAAUGAGUGUCUAGACAGUCCGUGCCGGAACGGUGGUGUUUGCCUAAACCAAGACCCAAGGAUACGUUACCGCUGCAUAUGCCCUGAUGGCUUUUGGGGCGAGAACUGCGAGCUGGUCCAAGAAGGCCAAAAACUGAAACUUGGUAUGGGUGCACUAGCCGCCAUACUGGUGUGCCUCCUCAUCAUUCUCAUUCUAGUUUUGAUGUUUGUCGUGUAUAACCGACGACGCGAGUCACACAUAAAAUACCCUGGACCAGACGACGACGUCAGAGAAAACAUAAUCAAUUACGAUGAUGAGGGCGGUGGCGAAGACGACAUGACCGCGUUUGAUAUCACACCAUUACAGAUACCUAUCGGCGGGUCAAUGAACAAUAUGCAUCCUCAGAAAUAUAAAUACCCCGCAAUGCCCGUGGGCGUGGAACCCAACGUCGGCAUAUUCAUCGAAGACCAUAAGAAACGAGCGGAUGGCGACCCAAACGCCCCGCCGUUCGACGACUUACGAAAUUACGCUUACGAAGGAGGCGGCAGCACUGCUGGAUCAUUGUCAUCAUUAAAUACAGGUACCGAGGACGACCAUCAGGACUACGAGUACUUGGUGUCUUGGGGUUCACACUUCGACAAGCUGGCCGACAUGUACAGCCGGGACGGCGAACGAGAGAUGGACGAGGAGCAGUAGAGGAGACGAAAAAAACACAUUUACAGCAGACUGUUGUGUAGAAUAUAAUAUUAUUAUUGUCUUCAUCAUCAUGACGUAUCGUACAUCAUGGAUAGUACCUACUACGUGUCGUGUCAUAUUUAUAAUAUAUAAUAUGCAUAAUAAUAAUAAUAUUUUCGUUGUACAUACACACAGGGCCGCUAUAAUUGAACUGAAAAUCUAGUCAUGAUUAAUUUUUUUUAAUUUUUAUUUUUUUUUACUAAGCCCACUAUAUACAUAAUUAUUAUUAGACGAUCUCAACUCCCAUUUUUGCUGCCAUUUUAUUAUAAUAUUAUAUAAAACAUGCUUACCGUUUAUCGUUUGUGUUUUACCCAUCAAUGAUGUAUAUUGCUGCGUCACUACUACUGUCUACUACACCCCACUGCAGAACUAAAUUAUAAUUAUUAAAACACAUUAUACAUAAUACUAUAGAGCCUUGUCGUACCCUCCUCAUACUGCGACUUUUCAUUUUUUUCGUAAACAUUAUUAUUUUUUCUAUCAUCAUUAACCCUUUUCAUCAUUCUUAUAGUUUUUUAUUUUUCAUACAAGUAACGUCAAGUUCUUUUUUUAUAAUAUAAAAAUAUAUAUAUUACCUCAAUGUAAGAGCAAAUCGUUUUAUUAUUGAUUGAUUUUCACUCGAAUGUUUUUACUAUUUUUAUUCAAACAAAACUGAGAAAAAAACAUUAUGUACGUCAAAUUAUUGCCAUUAUACUAUAUAUUCAGGGCAAAUGCUACUUUUUUAUUGUAUGCUCAAUUUCUGUUUAGAUUACACAAUAUUAUAGUUGUUUAACAAUAUAUUGUAUAAAUUUGACACUGAAUUAUAUUUAUAUAAAUCGAGUGAAUCAAUAUAUAAUAUAAUAUUAUAAUAUUACAACUGUAACAUAUAAUAAUAUUAUAAUAUAUAAUAAACGUAACACGACCCGAGUCGACAAAUCAUAAGAUUAAACAAUUUAUUUGUUCAGUCUAAUAUAAUAUAAUAUUAUGUUGUUAUAUUGAAAUCUUUUCGUACAUAUCUCUCGAUGAAAAAAAAAUGUUUUACUAUACAUUUAACAUAAUAAUAUAAUAAUUAUCAUUUCUAUUUAACGAUAAUAUUGUACAUUAUAUUUGGAAUCAUAUAAAUUAUAAAUUAAUUAGUUCACUAUAAUAUUAUAAAUUAAUAAUACCACAUCACGUUUUGUUUUCACCCGGCACGUUUAUAGCAUAUUCAAUUUAAAUUUAUAACAAUAUUAUAGUAUACUGAACAAAAUAUCAUCACUAUAAUAUAUAGGUAGCUGUACUAUAUAUAUCGUAUUUUAUACAACACGAUACAAACCCUCUUGACCACCACGCCAACCCACCCACAUCACAACCACAGAUCCCUUAUUUGUUAUUAUAUUUAUAUAUUAUUAAUGUAUACAUAUAUAUUACUAGACGUAGACGGUAUAUAUAUGUAUAGAGAGAGAGAGAGAAAUUUUGUCCUAGUGCGUAUUAACCUGAUGUUCCAAUUUUAUAUAUUAUUAUUAUUAUUAUUAUUAUACAUGAAAAAUUAAAACAAGCAAAAAAAAAAACAAAAAAAAAAAAUUAAAUUAAUAAUUUUGAUAAGUUUACGAUUAGUUUUAUUUAUAUAAAUUUUAAAUUACCUAUUAUUAUAUUAUGAUAACUAUUAUUAUUAUAUUUCGUGUAGACAUUAAUUUAUUGAUAAUUUGAUUAUAUUAUAACAUUACGGUAUACUUACAUAUAUAUAUUAUAUGUAUAUUCAUUAUUAAUAUUAUUAUGACUGUGUACGAUUUUAUUUUCGUCUAUCUUUAAGUUUUUGAUUUUGUCCGCUUCGUUCGACGUUAAAACCACCACACUUGGCGUCAAAAUGACAUUUUUUUUUUUGUUUUUGUUCAUUUGUGAUUGUAUCCGUAAUGAGACGGUGGUGCUUGAUUUGUCGUCGUCCCGUCGCAGCACUGUACUAAAUUCACGACCGUGGCGGCCGGCUUGCGCCACUAUAAUAUUAUUACUGUAAAUCUCGUUGUACUUUAAACGUCGUAGUGGUUUGUCGAACGGACGUCAUAGCAUUAUAUUAUUAAAGCGUACGUUAGUGUAUUGCGUAUCGCUACCGAAUGAUCAAAUUACGUUUUAAGCCACCGAAAAUGUAACAAUAUAAUAUAAUUAUAUCGCGCGCAAAUCAAGCAUAAUAUUACUACCUAUACCUAUCGGCUAUCGAUAAUAGGCGUACUUACUUUUAUUAUAUAAUAAUUUUAUAUUCGUUGUACAUCUAAAUAAACGAUAGGCGAAUGAAAAACGACAAAAAUAAAUAAAUCUUAAACCGUGUGCGUAUAACGACGCACCAUCACGUGUUGCAUUUAGAUAUAUGAAAUGUUGAGUACACAAAAUUAUUAUUUCUUUCUUACUAAUAUUAUUUUGUUUGUAUUGCGGUGUAGCCUAUGAUAAUCAAAAACACAAAAUAAGAGAAUGAUAAUAAUAAUAAUAAUAAUUUAUUAUAGGUUAGAAGUAGAAACAAGACAUUCCAUAAUAAAUCGCGCCCGACAUCCCACCGUAAUAACAUUUUGUACCUACUAUAUAAUUAUUGUUUUUGUUAUUGUAAUAUCAUUAUGAGUCGCUUCCCACCUACAUAUAAUGCUUAAUGCGAACACGCAUCAUUAAAUAAUAUAAUAAUAAUAAUUAAUAUCAAUUCAUCGUUAAACUAUAUUAUAAUAUAAUUGAAAUCUACUUCACCGUACCUUUUACACACACACCGUAUUAUAAUCGUUAUCGUGUGACAAGCCCAUCAGUCUAUCCGUUAUUUCCUAAUGCUAACCAAAGUUAACCUUAAUACAUCGUGAUUGCAUCACUCACUUCCGGAUAAAUUUUAAUAUCUGUUUCGGUUUUUACCAAUCGUCUACAGCCGAAUCGCUGCAGGGACUUUACCGACGAACCGAUUCGACUAUUUACGAGGCGACACACAAUUUCGCGACUUUUUAACUACGCAAUUCCGUAGAUUUUCGUUAUGCAAAAGAUUUUUUUUAUUAUUUUACUCAAACGAUAACAUGAUUCUACAUGAAAAUUGUAAAAUUUAUGAUUCUAUUGAAAAUUAAAAUAAAACUUGAUCCUAACACAAAACACCUCCCCAUCGGUCCGUGUCAAAACGUUUUACGAUUUUUUCGUUUACGAUUACACACGUCCAACUUCCCAUGCUUUCGAUUUCUAUGUUGUUCGAUAUAAGUAGGUACAUAAAUAUCCGCCAUACCCUAAAUACCCUUAUAUUAUUAUAAUACGUGUCGAGCGCGUGUACAUAUAUUUUAUUAUAAUAAUAAUAAUUGUUAUUAUUAUUAUUAUUAUUAUACGAAAUUGUACCUGUGUUUUUUGUAUUUGAAUUUGUUUUUUUACUUUCGAUUUUUACACUGAAAACCCCCUAAAAAAAACUCGCCCCUCAGAACGCGAUUUUGCGCUUUCUUCCAUGUACCUAUACAUGUAUAUUAUAUUACAUACUUACUCACGAAUAAAUGAAAAAACAAACAAACACAAUCUGUUACUGCGGUCGUCCUCUGAUCGAUCACUACUCCUCUACUAACACAUGUUUAUUUAUUUACUUAUUAUAAUUGUGUUAAUAUUAUAAUAUAAUUAUUUAUAUAUAUAUAUAUUUCUAGUCACCCAUCCGUCAUAUUAUAAUAUUAUAUAAUAAUAUGAUAUACCUACCGACUUUUGUAUACCAACCGUUUGUUUAUUUUUUUUUUCAACGUGUAACUAAAUAUUAUUAUUAUGUGUAAUACAUGCUAAGACAUUUUAUUAUAUACAUAUUAAUAUAUAUAUAUAUACUAUUAUUAUACUGUAGAUUUUAGUUCUUUAAGUUAAUUAAUAAUAUAUCUUAUAAGUUGCGUAGUGUUAAAUAAAACGUAAAUGAAGUAAAAAAAAGGCAUUAGAAAAACAAAAACCGAUUUUUGAACACUCGACGUUUUCGUUGUGUUUCAUGUUUUUAAUAUAUACACUGUAAAAACAUAUUACUGAUAAAUAAUGAUUAAUUAGGAUAAUAUAAAAUUUAUAAGCAUAUACACA